CGAGCCGCACUCCCAGCGCGGCGCGGGUCGAUGACGUCACUGCCGUUAGCGGGCCGGCCACGUGCCGCCCGCCAGCUUCCGGUUCCGGGCCGCGGAGCAGCCCCGUCCCGCUUCCCCGGUCCCGCCAUGGGGGAUUUGAUCCUCAACGUGGACUUGACCGCCCCCGAGGGCCGCCCCAAGAAGGAACGGGGCAACCGAAAGCACCAGAGCUUCGUGCGGCGGCGGCGGGAGCUGGAGCGCCGGGGGGUCCUGCGGCAGAAGCAGCUCCCCCCGAACCGGGGCGGGCCCUGGCGGACCCCGGCGAAGCCCCCCGCGUCGUGCCCUAAAGAGAACGGCUCUGCCGGGACCGGCGUUCCCUCUAAAACCAAAGGGAAGGGUCGGGGGGCUGCUGGGGGCACCCCCGAAUCCACCGGCGCCCCCUCGGCGCCCCAGAACGGCCGCGUAAAGACCAAGGGCAGGGGUCGGGGGGCGGUGGCCGGAGCCCCCCCGGCGCCCACCAAGCUGCUGGCCAUGGACUGCGAGAUGGUGGGCACGGGCCCCGGGGGCCGGACCAGCGCCCUGGCUCGGUGCAGCAUCGUGUCCUACGACGGGGACGUUGUGUACGACCGGUACGUGCGGCCCGAGGCGCCCAUCGUGGAUUACCGGACCCGCUGGAGCGGCAUCCGCCGGCAGCACAUGGACAAAGCCGUGCCCUUCCAGCAGGCACAGCGGCAGGUGCUGCGGAUCCUGGCUGGGAAGGUCGUGGUGGGCCACGCCAUCCACAACGACUUCAAGGCGCUCCGGUAUUCCCACCCCAAAGCCCUCACCCGGGACACGUCCCGGAUCCCGCUGCUGAACCGCCGGGGAGGCUUCCCAGAGAACGUGGCCGUGUCCCUGAAGCGCCUCACCAAGGCCCUGCUGAACCAGGACAUCCAG